AUGGAUCCUGACUAUAAAUCCCGCAAGGAGGCAUUUGUGUCCAAUCUGACCGGGGGAAGCAUUCUAGAAAUCAAUGCAGUGACGCUCGUUGCCCCUGCCUCGGUCUUCCUUUGGUCGGUCCUACAAUCCCGGCUCUCCUUCUUCACACCCUACGGGCCCGCCGCUCUCAUAACCGACUUUCUGCUCAAUGUUUUAGCCAUCCUCUUCGCGACGACCUUCUACUCUUCCGCACCAUGGCUCCUGAAUCUCCUCCUGGUCUCGCCAGCUUUUCUCAUCUUAAUGAACUCGCGGUCUCGCCGCACGCAAACGAAAGCGAAGCCUCCUCAGACCGCAACCGCGCAACAUGGGCCAGGCGCAUCUUUACCCAUCCACCCAUUCCUCACCACCUACCGUGCAGCUAUGAUGAUAAUCACCUGCAUUGCUAUAUUGGCGGUUGACUUCCGUGUCUUUCCUCGUCGGUUCGCCAAAGCUGAGAACUGGGGUACGUCGCUGAUGGACCUGGGCGUCGGCUCCUUCGUGUUCUCGGGAGGGGUGGUCUCCGCGCGCUCUGUUCUCAAGAGCCGAGAGCGCGGUGCAUCGCCGAAGAAAACGCUGACACAGCGCUUUACCUCGUCGGUACGACACUCGGUCCCGCUUCUCGUUUUGGGACUGGUCCGACUCUAUAGCGUCAAAAACCUGGACUACGCAGAACAUGUCACAGAAUACGGCGUGCACUGGAAUUUUUUCUUUACGCUGGGGUUUCUACCUCCAUUUGUGGAACUUUUUGAGGGCAUCGCCACGCUAAUCCCAUCGUAUGAAGUCCUCUCGCUUGCCGUCGCGGUGCUUUACCAGGUAGCGCUUGAAUCGACCGACUUGAAGAGUUACAUCCUUGUCUCUCCACGAGGGCCUGACCUGCUUUCAAAGAACCGCGAAGGAGUCUUCUCCUUCCUGGGAUAUCUGGCCAUCUUCCUUGCGGGACGUGCUACUGGAAUGCGAAUCAUACCGGGCGGAAUCUCCCCGUCAAAUACCCCACAACAGGCCAGGAAACGCGUGCUUACUAGGUAUGGAGCCAACAUCCCCGUCUCGCGACGUCUCGCCAAUAUGCCGUACGUCCUCUGGGUUGCAGCCUUCAACAACGCCCAGCUGUUUCUCUUCUGUCUGAUUGAAACCAUACUUUUCCCUUCUGUUCACCGAGCGUCGGGAUCAGGCAAGAAUGACGAAGCGAAGCGAACAGAUUUUGCGACGAGCCCGAUAUUGACGGCCUUCAACCGCGGCGGACUUGCCGUGUUUUUAGUCGCCAAUCUACUUACUGGCGCGGUCAACUUAACUGUUCCAACCCUGGAUGUGGAUAAAACACGAGCCAUGGCUAUUUUGGUCGGGUAUGCCGCCUUGAUCACCGGGGUUGCUCUGGGGCUCAACAAGGCUAAUAUCAAGAUAUCGCUCUGAGCGUAUGGCUUUUAAGCCAUUCUGUAGCAUAAUAUCGAAGUACGUUUAGAUCUUAAUAAGACCUUGUACAAAGUGGAGAUUAU